CCGUCCGCCAUGGCCACCCCAGACGAUGCUGGCAACGGCCUUCAACCCAGUCUACAACCUGUCGGCCGCCCACUGGACCUCGUGCCUGUCCAGCUCAAAGAAGCCGCCUUAGAUUCGCCCACCUUCCGCGCUGUUGCCGUCCACUAUGCCAACCAGGUCGAGGGUGUCGAAAAAUGGCUCCGCGACUAUGUGAAGCAGAGCCAGAAGUUUGCCGACCGCUUCGCCAGUAUCCAGAAAGAGUUCGACAACUUCGAUCACUUCCCGCCUCCACCCCCAGAGAACCUCAGUCAGGCUGUCCUGGACCAUGAUUACACCUUGCUGGCCAUCACCCGCUACAGCCAAAACACUACCCAAUACUUGAAUUGGGUCUUUACCAAUGUCGCCCGCUCACGCCAAACCAUGAUCGAUCCAUUGUUGCGCUUCAUCGACGGCACCGACAGCCCUCUUCGUCAGUUCAACCAAGCUCGCAAGGCUCUAGAAAGAACCCAGGCCAUAUUCGAUGCCGAAAUGACCAGAUACCUUGCUCAAGCAAAGACAAAGGAAGCCUCAUCGUUACGCGAGGAUGCUUUCAAGCUGCACGAGGAUCGCAAGGCCUAUCUUAGAGCUUCCAUGGACUACUGUAUCAUGGCUCCUAACCUUCGCAACUCGCUUGACCAAUUGCUCAUCAAGGUCUUCUCUGACCGCUGGAAGGACUUUCGUGGCUACCGUGACGCUACAUCUGCCAACUUUCAGAAAUGGGGCUCCGAAUUAGAGCGCAUCCGUGGUUGGAGCAAGGUCAUGCACGAGUCCGAGUCGGCCUUCAAACGCGAAUUGAUGCUCGCCCGUCGUCAGCUUGAGGACUCGGCCGAGACCAAAGCCCGACCGUCGCGUGAGAUGGAUGAUUAUGCCGUAUCUACCGUGCCAUAUUUAGGCUCUGGUGCUCCCACUUCACCCGUUAAACCUGCCUAUACGAAGCCUGAAAAACAAGGCUGGUUGUUUCUCAAGACCGUACCUCCCAAACCAGCCAGGCCAUCGUGGUCACGACGUUGGUUUAUUGUCAAGAACGGCAUCUUCGGUUGGCUGGUCCAAGGUAGUGUUUCGGGCGGCGUCGAGGAGAGUGAAAAAAUCGGUGUUUUGCUCUGCAGUGUUCGUCCCGCCGUGCAGGAAGAGCGUAGAUUCUGUUUUGAAAUCAAGACCAAGGAUACGAGUAUCAUCCUGCAGGCUGAAACCCAAGGAGAACUGUUGGAGUGGAUCAAUGCGUUCGAGAGUGCAAAGCGUAAAGCUCUCGAAGAACCUCGAGGCAACUCUUCUGUACCGAUGCCUGGAUCUGACCCUGCCUUUGCCAUCAGCCCACCUGUUGAUCCAUCUUUUGCUGCCAAGUUGACUGAUAGCUUGGCUCACUCGACUGACGAGUUCGGUGCAUCCUUGUCUCCGCCCGAGAUGGCUCUGGCUAGCAGGAGCAGCUUCGACGUCAAUCCUUCAAGGAGAUCAACCAUGUUGGACUCUGAGGGCACCCGCGAUACUGCCAACAGGAUUAUCCAGAAGCUCGACUUGCACAGGAGAGGUACGGCAUUAUCCUCUGCAAGUCAACCUACUCCAGCUGGCGGUAUAGCUAGUUUGCUUUCGGCCAGCCAUAGCGUUCUACCUAUCGGUCCUGGCCCGGCUCAAACCUCACCCAACCUGGGACAACACCAUCGCUCCUUCACCAUGCCCGCUACAAGCAACUUUGCUCCUGUCACACUUGCAAAUCCUCCGGCCCCCACCAAUCUCAGUAGAAGAGCCGUGGCAGUAAGCGGUCAACGUGCUUCGAGCGGUAGAUCUGAUACCUCAGCCAUGCCUAGCAGUCUAAUGGCGAAUCUCUGGGGCUCCACCAAUUGGGUCAACAUCAAUCGCCUGGGUCGUGACGAACCCAAGCUCGAAUCGAUAUCGAGACCCGCGACAAAGUCCACGGGUCAAUACCAUGACGAUAUGGCCAUCAUGGAGGGUAUGGAACCAGCCAAGGACCUGAAAAUGGCUGAAGUUGAGUCCAACAUGACUACAAGUCGCAUCACGCACCGUAAGACCAUUAGUUUAUGCGAUACCCUCGAUUCGCCGUCACAAUCUCGACUGCCGAUCGUCCCUGUCGAUGAACGUCAAACAGACUAUCCAGUAUCUCUAAAGACGGAUGAUGUACUUGUGCUCAAGGAACAUGACGCAGAAUUUCACGUUCUGUUUUCGUCCGUCCCACGUUCUGAAAAGGUGGUCCUCGUCUUCACCGCAAUGUGGAAUCCAAACGAGCAACAAGAGUUCCCAGGUCGUAUCUACGUGACUACUGAAAAGAUUUACUUCUACAGUAAUCACUUUGGAAUGGUUCUCGUAGCCGAAAUCAGCCUAUCGUCAAUCACAGAGGUCACCGCUGCUCCAGGUCGAGAGAGUGAAUGCGAUUAUCUAUUUUUACAUCUCAAGGAAAGCAAGACAGACUUCAGACGUGUCACUGUCAAAACCUUCUUGGAUGCAUUGAGACCACUGCAGCGCAGACUUGACUACCUUGUACAGUCCGCAAACUCUGAACAUCACACCUCGUUGGAAGAUGUCUUUGCGUCAUUCUCAAGAAUAGCGACAGAAGAUUCACAAGACAAUGCACAAGACUGGGACGAGGACUUGCACUCUCCUACAGAUAGUGAUCUAAGGGUCACGAGAAAUCGUUCAAGAGAUCUUAGAGCAAACCUGCGCAUCGACGGAACAUUGUACGGUGAAUCGGUAGCACGGACAGGCAGAGAAGUCACCAAGUUCAAGCUGCCUUCCCAACCUGUACUGUACAGGCCAAAGGACAUGGGAGACGCUGUCCUUGCUCAAGACUUCAAUCUUAGCGCUAAGGCUCUAUUACAUGUUAUGUUUGGAGACAGGAGUGCAGUCUUCCAGAUGUUGUACAAGAACCGGCCGAUUAACAAUGGACAACUCUCGAGGCAACUGAUUUGCGCCAUCGGUCCGAAUCAAGAGACAGACAGACAAACGCUAGACGUGUGCAACGACCACCUCUGCUAUGUCGUGACUCAAACACAAUCACCUUGGCAACUGCCAAUGUCCAAAAACUUCCUCUUGCUCAGCAAGUUCGUCAUAACUCACUCGGCGAAGUCCAAAUGCAAGCUUGCCAUAUUCAACAAAGUGGUAUGGAAUGGAGAUGCUGGGCCCGAUCAGCGACUGUCAUUGUCGCAGCGCCUAGUACAAAAGCAAGCUCUGCGUGACUACCAAGACGACGCUGUCGAUCUAGCUGCUGUGAUUACAGAUCAAGUAUCGAAGCUCGGCGCACACAGUACAAACAGAGCUGCACAAAUCUUUGGCUCCGUCGGCCAAAGCACACAGACGAGCCAGGUUUCAGCAUCGAAUCUCCCAACCACUUCAGUCAAUCGCACAAGACGAAAGGUCAAGAUUCGCACUCUUACCAACCUGUAUACUGACGAAGUGCUCGCUCAAGCAUUCCGCCUGUUCACAAUGUUGAUCGAUCUGUUCAUUGCGAUUGCAAAGUCUCUCGCAGGUGUCGUAACGGCACACAAAAUUCUUGUACUGGUUCUCGCCUUCAGCGCUGCGUACAAUGCUUGGUAUGGAUACCGAGACGGGCUUGCAUGGUACGACGAACGCAAUGCUGGCAAAUUCAUGGCGCGACUUGGUGUGAAACCCGACCCCACUGUCACAAGAGCGGUCUACCUGGAUGACAUUGACGAGCUCGUGGCCCCGACUUUGAUGAGCACUAUCGGACUGAACUCUACGAUGUCGGACGAGGCCAAUCAAGCCUGGAACACGUGCCAUGGUACUUUCCGCGACAUGCUUGCUUCCUCUGAACCUGAAGCACCCGUCACAAUUUCUAAGGGCUCAAGCAAGCGUUCGCAGCAAAGGCUACAGCGCACGCGACACNNUCUCGCGCGCUACCGACACGAUUUGCUGGUGGCGCUUCGGGUCGUCAACCGUGUCGAAGAAGAGGUGGUCCAUGCCGAAUGGGAAGACUGGGUGUUUGAAGAGGAAAGAAAGUGCACCAAGGUUGAAAGCAUGAUGAAUUCGCGCAAGGCAGGCGGUGGACAGUCCGCAAAACCAGAAGCGCAGCGCGAUGAGCACAGCGACGACCUGGGCAAUGGGUUCGCAGAGUAUUGCCGCAGCUGCAAGAGCGAAGCCAGACAAAUCUUGUCAGGCAAGUGA